AUUCCAGCACUGCUGACUGCCAGUAAAACCCUGCCUCUCACUGUCCGGACGUUCAUUCAUACGCAGCAACUGAACCCUAUACGCACCCGGAGCGUUCAACAAGGGUGUGUCGAAAUAUAAGGCUAUUGGCAGUGACACAUCCUAGACAAUAUUUAUAAAAGCGAAAUUGAAGUAUUAAAGUUUUUUCCGUCUCCAAUGUUGGCACGCAUAGAGGCGAGAAGAUUUCUAUUGCGCAUUGGGGAGCCAUAGAACAUCCAUCAAAGUUGACGUUUUGUGGCGAGUAACUCACAAGUUAUUGAAGAACAACAGAAUUAAAAAGAAGAUUAAAAAAUAACCCAACUGGACUUUCUUUUCGCUGCUCGCCUGCUCAUUUGAAUGCGCCCCGAGACCUCCUUGGAUGACCGUCCGGUUUUAUUUAGUAUCUGAUUGGUGGAUGCCUCUUCAGUCUCGGUGUCCAUAACACGGAUCAUGGAAUGAGGACUUCACACACCGAGAUUUAGCGGGAUGUGCUUAAUUUGUUAACGGAAGGUCUUUGACUCCACUCCAACGCAUAAACCCAGUUGUAAUCCGUGCCCACGCAUAUACCUUCAGAUGGUCGCCUGAUUUCCACUGUUCAUCUAACGACAACGGGUUUAAUUGUAGAGGCAAAUAUCAGAAGAAAUAUAGAGCUAUAUAUUCCACAGAGAGUCAGUUUAACUGGAUCCUACUGCGGUGUACAAAUGGUCUUCCUUUGGGACGCCAAAUACGGUACAUGAACUCAUUUUCACAUUUUACCCAGGGUUGAAUAUGUGUUGGUAUCUGUGUGUGUGUGUGUGUUGACAUUUGUGUGUGCUUUUAUGCCCGCGUGCAUUAACAUAGCCAAGAAACACACCGAAACCAGAAUUUUAAGAGGAAAUAAAUGUAAUAAUUGGCAGGACGCCAACGGUUUUUUUCUGUCAUAGGGAGUAGGCUAUAGACUACAUUUGGAACCUCACAGGCACAAAGCACUGAACCACUUCAGAGUAAAGUUGACAUUUUGGUACAUAAUAUUACACAAGUUCUGCAACAAUAUGGUAUAGAUAAAUUAGACAGAACACUUGAGGUUGUCACUAGUUACCACAGCCACAAGUCAUAAACCCCGCCUAUUUCUAUAAUUUAUCUUCUUAAAAUGUGAUUUUAAACCUAACCUUAACCCUAACCUUAACCACACUGCUAACUUAUUCCUAACCCUAACCUUAAAUUAAGACCAAACAGCUCAUUUUGUUUUCAUGAAGUUUUACGAUACGCCUAUAGCAAAUUUUACUUUAUGACUGUGGUAACUAGUGGAAACCACAUUAAAUACAUGCAAAGCACAUUACUUCCCCUCUCAUCAACGGUUUAUAAAUAAAUCCUUCCAUCCAUCCACAGCGCGUGGGUUGCUGUUAGUAUUGGGUGGUUAGAUGAGAGCAAGACAUAGUUGGAGUUCAGUCCAGUUCUGUGGUACACUAGUCAAAGUUCUGUUGAAAGAACGAGAGGGAGCAGCGGUUUUUAAACCCCCAGGUCGUUCCAAACCGCCAACAUGUGGCAUCGAUUGUGGUUGGCUUGGCUGAGUGACAGACAGACCGACCGACAGCGCGCGCCGGGCCCUGUCAGACUCAGCGUCGCUGACUGGUUUUUAACGGUUUGGUUUCACGUGCCUCCGGCUCUCCAGGGUUUGGUUCCGCUGUUGUAAUUUCACUGCGCUCUAUUCUGAGAACUUUUAUAAUUCUGUGCUCUGAAGGCCAACUUGAAACUACACGCACAUUGAUAAACAUAAUAGAAAAUACUGAUGAUGUGCACAGCUCAAAAUGUGAAUAGCCUAAAUUAGUUUUUAAUUACUUACUAAGAAGUUAUAUGCCUUAUUGGCAUAGGUUGACUAUAUAGUGAGUGUGUGUGUGUGCGUGUACGCCUGCGUUAUGUCUGUCUGUGUGUGUCCUCGCUCAUUUAUUUAUCUACAUCUCUAUCUUGCUCCAGACCCAGCCCCUGGUCGACGCUUCACCCCCCCUUCCACCACCCUGUUGUCGGGUAAGAUGAGUGAGGGUCUGCCCCUGGGUGCCCAGGAGAGCAGUAGCACCGCCCUAGUGGGAAAGCUGCGUAUGGCAGACCGAGGCAUGGUGGAGGUGCUGUCAGAUCACCCUGGAGAACUGGUGAGGACAGACAGCCCCAACUUCCUCUGUUCUGUCCUACCCACACACUGGAGGUGCAACAAGACGCUGCCCAUCGCAUUCAAGGUGAGUGAGUGUGUGGGAGAGGAGUGUGUGUGUGUGUGUGUAGGGCUAUAUUUGUCGUUUUAUUUCUAAUCAUUUCUGGAGGCUAUAGAGGAAUGUUUUCCUGCGCAAAUGUUGUCUGGUGGCAACGUUUCUCAUAAAUGUCUAUGUGUGUGUCAAGUCAAAAAAAAAAUAUAUAUUGUCACAUGCACUGAAUACAACAAGCCCUUAACCAACAAUGCUGAGUUUUAAAAAAAAAGUCAGUAGAACAUUUUGAAAUAAACUAAAGGAAAAAUAGUAACACAAAUAAAAUAACAAUAAAGAGGCUAAAUACAAAGGGUACUGGUACCGAGUCACUGUGUGGGGGUACAGGUUAGUCAAAUUAAUUGAGGUAUUAUGUACAUGUAGGUAGGGGUCAAGUGACUAUACAUAGAUAAUAAACAGAGAGUAGCAGCAGCAUAUGUGAAGAGUGUGAAGGAAUGUGAAUGUAUGUGUGUGUAUGUGUGUGUGUGUGUGUGUGUGUGUGUGUAUGUGUGUGUAGGUGGCGUCAAUGAACAUGUGUGUGUUUUGUGUGUGUGUGUGUUGGAGUGUCAGUGUAGUAUGUGUGAGUGUGUGGUUAGAGUCUAGUGAGUGUACAUCGAGCCUGUGGCAAUUUUUUUUUAAAUAAUCAAAUAAGGGGGUCAAUGCAAAUAGUCCGGGUAGCCAUUUGAUUAACUGUUCAGCAGUCUUGAGGGUAGAAGCUGUUAAUGAGCCUUUUGGUCCCAGACUUGGCCCUCUGGUACCACUUGGCGUGUGUGUGAGAUGGUGCUUGAUAACUGGCCAUGAGCAGUACCCAAUCUACCAACCUCAUAACUAGCUACCAAGAAGCCAUUUCAGGCUGUCAAUCAAGUUAGUUUUAGACAAGAUAGCUACUCUAUCUUAGCUGGAAUGCCGGCUGGCAAGGUUGGUAGACUUUAGAAAAGCAAGCAAUUACUAAAUGUACUGAAUAAGACUCACAUUCCUUUCAAUCUUUUACCUAGAUUUUAGCAAAGAUGCAGAGAAGCAUAUUUAGUUUCUUUAAAAAAAUAACCACCAGUCAGGAGAAUACAGACUGCUCAAGAGGUAUGAUUAGAUAUGCAGAAAAAUAAACAUAUUUUUGACAUAGAAUUAAGCUUAAUGAUUACGGCUCUAGAUUGCAUGAAAAAUCUGUUUCAGGUGUUUGAAAAAUGCAAAAUUCUCCAACUAACAGACGGACCACAGAUUUUUGGGGGUGUAUGACGGCCCUGGUCACAGAUCAAAAAUGUAAUUGGAGAAAAAUAUUAUUAUAGCUAUAGCCUACUUCCCUUACAGUUUUUCACUUUUUAGUGCAGUUCUCAGAAUUAGAAUGAUGCACGUCAAUGACUUACAGUUGUUUCAUUAGGCUGAUGUCUUUCUGGGUAUCCAUAAUAGGGUUAUAUCAUCCAAGAAAAGUACUUUUAAGCACAUUAGGACAAAAGUGUUUGUGAAAAAAAGCCAUAGAAAAAUGCUAUAAAAUCAGAUUGAUCGAGUUGUAUACAUUAUGUACAUUCUGAACAAUGUCAUGGGCGGAAGUUGUUGCCAUUAAGUGUGUGUUUGUGUCUGGGUGUUGUUGACCGUCUGCUUGAAGAGCUCUAUAAUCAUUUCCUCAUUAUUGUUUGUUCUGCAGGGUAGUUUUCACGCUCCACCGAACCUCUCUCUCAUGUCUGACUUCCGUAGCUCCCCAACAGUCCUCGAGAAUGUAAACUAUACUGGGUCUGCCAAACACCCACCCGUAUUUUCCAUCUCGGCCGUGUGUGUGGGUGAAGGGGGGUCGUGUGUGUGGACUAAAGCUGUAGUUUCUCAGUUGAAAAACAGAACAGAGUAGUACCCAUGCCCGAUAUCUCCUCUGUAAAUUUGCACGCUGAUUUGUGGCCACGAUUACAGUUAAUAUGAAAAUGACUCUCCCUGGGUCUAUUUGCUUUGGGUGUGGAGCUAUUCAGUCUGUAGUCUGGGUGGCUUUCUGGAGCACAAAAACACCCAGACUGCCCUCCCAUUUAGUGGACCCAGGGUGGACAAAUGAUGAGAAAUAGACUAAAUUGAUUCAGAAUUAAUAAUGAAUUCAUUUUGAAGUACUAGAAGUACUUUUUUUUGUAUAAAUGUAGUUGAAUGCACUCGGAAUAGAGAGUUGCAAUAUAACUAAAGAUGCUCCUUUUUUACCAAAUACAUAAUUGAUGUUUUGUGUAAAUUAUGUUCUAUGUAAAUUACGUGUGUAAUUAUGUUUUUGGUAUUGUAUUUUUUUGUAAUGUGCAAGACGAGCAAUAAAGUUUCCAUCCCUCUGACUGUGUCUCUGUCUCUCUUUCUCCUUCUGUUGCCGUAGGUGGUUGCCCUUGGCGAUAUCCCUGACGGUACCUUGGUAACGGUGAUGGCGGGGAACGAUGAGAACUACUCAGCAGAACUCCGCAAUGCCACGGCCGCCCUCAAGAACCAGGUUGCUCGCUUCAACGACCUGCGCUUCGUAGGCCGCAGUGGACGAGGUACACACACACACACACACACACACACACACACACACAGAUACACUGAUAUAGCUCUCUCUCUCGCUGUGCCUAACGGACGGUGAACCGCAGUUACUCCAAAUCAGGUGCAGGCAAAUGUCCUGCCUUAUCUAUUUAAAACACAGGCCUCUCUGUACAUAAGCUAGCUGUUACUGUACACACACACACACACACACACACACACACACACACACACACACACACCUCUCAAUUGUCCCAUUGUCCUGCUAGGCAAACAGCCAUCUAGUCUGACUUAAAACACACACACACACACACACACCCACAGGACCUAGAGUGCAGCUCAGGGUUAAUUCCAGUAUGACUGUAUUUGUGAGCUUGUCUGAACUUGUGGUGAACGUUGAUGAAACUAGGUGUUUGGUUGGGUUGUGGUCAUAGAGUUGGUCUGGCUGCAGCUCAGUAGGCUGUGGUCCAGUGUUAGUGUGAUAACAGUGGUGUGGUGUGGUUUAGAGUUAUGUAAGGGAUCUCUCUCUCUCACACACACACACUUCUGAAUAUGAAAUAAAACCAUUCUAAACACACACACAGACACACGUCCUUCUCCCCUUUACUUCUGGGAAACACACACCGUGACAGAGGUUUAUUCAGAGGGAAGAUAAGACAAGUGAUUGGCUAAUGCUGAUAGGACCCACUGUGGUAAACACACUGCUGUAGUCAACAAGCCUAGACCUGAACCCCCCCCCCCCCCCCCCCACACACACACACACACACAGAAAAAAAUCAUCCCAUUGAUAGGGGCGAUUAUAGAGGGAGAGAUCCGGAGUAAACAGUCAUCUCUGUACAGUAAGCCCCAGAGAAAUGUAAACUGGGUAAAAGCCUUGGCACUUAGACACACACACACACACACACAGCUUUUAGAUGUGCACCGAUGGUGUCCGAUCAGACAGACUGAUGACACACCAGCAACAAAGACCACAGCUGUUCUCUCAUCCUAUCUAUCUCUCUAUCGCUCUACCUCUCCUCUAUCGCUCUACCUCUCCUCUCCUCAGAUUAUUUCUUGCAGAUAGCACACCAGCAACAAAGACCACAUCUGUCCUCCUCUGCCUUUCUGUCUUCUCUCUCUCUAUCUCCUCCCACUCUCCUCUCUUUCUGGAUAUAGGAGCAGUGAGUCACUGGACGGCCCAACAGCACAAACAAUCUCAGACAUAUUUAUCUCUUUCUCUCGCUCUCUCUCUCUUUUUCUCUCUCUUGCAAACAAAGUUGUUUGGAUGUGCAUGCACACUUGUUCAUCCUAACACAUGGACAGUAUAGUGUACACACACACACACACACAGCGUUGUGUCAGGGGACGUUCCCUAGCUGUGUUGUCUUCUUCCCGUCUGCCUCUCAGACAGAACGUCUCCCUCACAGACGCUACUAUUGAAAACAACUGUGUGUGUGUGUGUGUGUGUGUGUGUGUGUGUGCGUGUGAUAUAUGCAUACAUAUGGAUAAACGAGAAGAGGUUUUUUUUUGGUGACUAUGUCUGAUGUAAGACUGAGCAAUCUUUUCAGCGGAAAUGUGAUUGUGAAAUAUCAUCCAUAUUUUGCAAUUCAAUUAUCCUACAAUAACUUACUUUAGAAAAAUAGUAAGUUCUACAUGAUGAAUAAUGGACAGUCGUCCUAUUAUGGUGAAUAUUAGUGUAUUAGUAGAUGUGCCUCUCUUUGGGCAGUCAAACACACUUGAAUAGAAAACAUGGGACAGGGAUGUGAUGUCAUAGCUUCUCUAGACUCUGAGAAUAGUCCUGGCUGCCUGCUUGUGUGUGGUCUGGACAGUACAGCCGAGUACCUGUGUGUGUGUGUGUAGCCAGGGCUUUAGCUGGCGUAGGCUGGUCUGUUUGUGGUAACUCUAUUCCAGCCUUGGCACAGCCUCUGACCGCCUCCCCUGGGCGCCCAUACCUCCAUGGUGUGUGUGUGUGUGUGUGUGUGUGUGUGUGUGUGUGUGUGUGUGUGUGUGUGUGUGUGUGUGUGCACAUCCUCUCAGCGUCUGCCCGUCACUCAUCACCAUGCAUUGAGGUACAGAGCCUGAGGGAAAAACACACACACACGUGAUUGAUGGAGACAGAUGUGAUUGUCUCCUCCACUCACCUAGGAAUCUCUAUACUUACACUGAAACACAUGGAGAUACACAGAUAUACACACACAUGCAGAUUCAUAGAUGUAUACAGAAACACACUCACAGUGGAGACUGUCAGCCAGGCAGCCUUGUCAACUCAUCACCAGACCCUCUGACUAGAUUAGUCCCACAGUGACAACACCAGCCAGGUCUGCUCCCCUACACACACACACUCUGUUUGUCUGUGUGUGUUUAUGAGCAGUAAAUAGGUGUGGGGCCGUAGGGUCUGUCUGUCUCUCUGAUGUCUCUCUGGGUUAUUCCUGUGUCAGGCUGAUCUUAAUGUCAUAUCCAGACCUGGUGUAUAUUUGGAGAGAGUUUGGAGAGAGUUGGAGAGAGGUUGGAGAGAGAGAGAGAUAGUUUGGAGAGAGAGAGAGAGAGAGAGAGAGAGAGAGAGAGAGAGAGAGAGAGAGAUGCCAGCGAGACACAAGAGGUUUUCUGUGUAGAUGAUCACAUUAAAACAUAUUUUCACUCUCUCUUCCAGGGAAGAGUUUCACUCUGACCAUCACGGUGUUCACCAACCCUCCCCAGGUGGCCACCUACCAGAGAGCCAUCAAGAUCACCGUGGACGGGCCCAGAGAACCACGCCGUGAGUACCACCUUCAUCCUCUUCAUCAUCAUCGCAGUUAUCAACGUCAGAUAGCGCCAUGACUCUGUCGGUUGAAGGAUGAGCGUCGCCGUAGGAGUGACACCACCUGUCGGAAGACAAUGCAUCAUCAUAAUCAUAGUUAUCAUUAUCAUCCAAGUUGUUAUUACAUUAUCAUGAUCAUGAUGAUCAUCAUGACCAUAAUUACCAUUAGAGUUCAAAUCUUAGUGGAAUGGGAUUUGUAGUUGCAUUAGUUCUGGGUUGUAGUUCUGGGAGUGUGCUGAUUCGAAGGCUCAUCACACCUCUGUCUCAUGGUUGUUAACGGGACAAUUCCCCGAUGGUCCGUUAUUCUGGUCGGGAAUCUGGUGUUGGGCGCCGUGCAACGAUCCAGGGUCUGGCUGGCUGGCUCACUCUGUGUGUGUGUUGAGGAUCUGGCUGGCUCUGGGUUCUGGCCCACGCUUCAAAGGGCUCAGACACAGGCUCCAGUUACAGCACCACUUCCUCCCAGUGCGCCAGCCGUGUGUGUGUGUGUGUGUGUGUGUGUGUGUGUGUGUGUGUGUGUGUGUGUGUGUGUGUGUGUGUGUGUGUGUGUGUGUGUGUGUGUGUGUGUGUGUGUGUGUGUGUGUGUGGGUGGGUGGGUGGAAAUGUGAAGACGAGUGAUGGUUUUUCACAGCUGAGGCUGGCUAGCUGGCUGGAUACCUUCUGUCUCCGUUUUCUUCCUCUGUCAAUCUCUCUCUCUCCCCCCUCUUUCUCUCUCUCCCUCUCCCCCCCUCCCCCUCUCUCCCCCCCACCAUGCUGUGUCUUGUUGUGGUCUGAUGAGGACUCUCUUCAUCAUUACAUCGUUUCAGUUUGGCCCCUCAUAUAUCACAUAACAUGAAACCAAAUAGGGAACAAACUUAUAUUUUAAUUAGAAUUGAGACCUCAAACUAAAGACAAAGAAGAACUAAACAUAUGUUAACAAACAGACAGACAGGCAGACAGACAGGCAGGCAGGCUGAGAGAUUGAUUGAUUGAUUGAUUGAUUGAUGGAGAGUGUAUGCGUUUCUGCUUGCGUGUUCUGUGUGUAGGCCACAGACAGAAGCUGGAGGACGUGAAGACGGGAGCGUUGGCCUUCUCCGAGCGUCUGAGCGAGCUGGAGCAGCUAAGGCGGAGCUCCAUAAGGGUCACGCCCCCUCACCAUCAUCACCACCACGCACCCACUCCCAACCCCCGGCCCGCCCUGAACCCGGCCCAGUUCAGCAACCCCACACACCACACACAGAUACCAGGUGAGUCUUCUCUCAUGGUACCACAUACACCCACAGUGUACAUGCUAACAGUCAUCACACAGUGAAAUCACAUUAUGCAUUAUGCCUCCACAUACGUAAAAAACAGCACUCAAACAAUGUGCAAGAGAGCAGGAGAGAAGAGGCCCAAUCACUUUGUUUUUCACAUAUUUUUCUGGGUUUGGAAAGACCAGUACUUCCUCUUUUGUGGUUUUAGCCAAUCCCAUUGCGGUUAACGUGUGGCAGUAGAGCCUCUGACACAUACGCCCGCAGUUUCUGUUCCUCUUCUCCCGAAGUGGUGUGUGUGUGUGUGUGUGUGUGUGUGUGUGUGUGUUAGCCUGUAUAUGUAGACAGUUGUAGUGAGGAAGCAGGCCAGGGAGGAGAGGAGGAAGUGAGAGUCAGCUGACAGGAAGUAGAAGUGUGUGAAAAAACCCUCAUUUAAAAUCUAAACACGCAAUACACCAGUGGAGGCUGCUGAGGGGAGGACAGUUCAUAAUAAUGGCUGGAACGGAGUAAAUGGAAUGGUAUCAAACACCUGGAAACCAUGGAAACCAUGUGUUUGAUGUAUUUGAUACUAUUCCGCUCCAGCCAUUACCACGAGCCCGUUCUCCCCAAUUAAGGUGCCACCAGCCUCAUGUGCAAUACACUAUAUAAGGGAGUCAUUCAUAGGGACAUACAUACCAACAUUACACGUCAGAGACCAGCAAAACAUUAAAAUUGACAGGAAUUGGGCCUAUGCUUCUCAGAAUUAGCUAUGUCUCCAAAAGUGAUGAUAUGGAAAGUUGGAGGUGGAAUCAGAGAUGAGUGAAUGGAGAGAUGGAGAUGGAAUCAGAGAUGGGUGAAUGGAGAGAUGGAGAUGGAAUCAGAGAUGGGUGUAUGGAGAGAUGGAGGUGGAAUCAGAGAUGGGUGAAUGGAGAGAUGGAGGUGGAAUCAGAGAUGGGUGAAUGGAGAGAUAGAGAUGGAAUCAGAGAUGGGUGAAUGGAGAGAUGGAGGUGGAAUCAGAGAUGGGUGUAUGGAGAGAUGGAGAUGGAAUCAGAGAUGGGUGAAUGGAGAGAUGGAGGUGGAAUCAGAGAUGGGUGUAUGGAGAGAUGGAGGUGGAAUCAGAGAUGGGUGAAUGGAGAGAUGGAGGUGGAAUCAGAGAUGGGUGUAUGGAGAGAUGGAGGUGGAAUCAGAGAUGGGUGAAUGGAGAGAUGGAGGUGGAAUCAGAGAUGGGUGUAUGGAGAGAUGGAGAAAGAGGAGGGAGAUAAAGAGAGAUGGAAAGACAAAGAGAGAGAUUAAAUACACAAAAAGAUACAUGAGGCGUGAGAGCGAAACAGACGGAUAAUGAUGGAUGGAUAGAAGGAGGGGAGUCAGAAAGAGAGGGGCAGGCCCCAGUCCUUCCUGUAUGGUGUGUCUCUGAUCCUGAGGCCAGAAAUAGCAACAGGAGCACUGCCAGCGGAAACCGUUAUUAAGUCAUUCAAGACCUCUCUCUUUCAAUCCCUCUCUCUCUUAACCCUCCCUCUCUCUCUUUCUCUCUCUUUCCCUCCCACUCUCUCUCUUUCCCUCCUACUUCUCUUUUCAUAUCUGUGAAAAUCAGAGGCAGCUGGGGCCAUGGGCUCUGUGUGUGUGUGUGUGUGUGUGUGUGUGUCAGAGACAGCUGUGUGUGUGUGUGUGUGUGUGUGUGCCCAGUCUGGUUGUCAGUAUGUAGCGUGCCAGCCAGAGUGGGUUGGCAUGCAGUCAGUGUGGGGUCUGUCCUGAGGCUAUGGGCUUUGUGUGUCAGUGAGUGAGUGGGUGGGUGGGUGGGUAUGUGUGUGUGUCUGAGUAUGUAUAUGUGUGUAGGAGUGUGUUCUCUCCAUCCAGUGUGUGCCAGCCGAGGCCACCUGACGGAUUCCAUUUGCCCCAUCUGUCCAGAUGUAAUCUUGGACACCCAGAACUAAAAGUUUGUGUAAUUGCGUCAGAUGCUCGAAUUUAGUUCUGGGGGGAUAUCUGUUAAAAACGGAAGCCCCCAAGUCAACUUUGGGCAAGUCUAUGGGCCAAAUGUCCCCUCCCAUUCGGAAAUUCGAAAGAUGUGAGCACCUGCGAAAUCGUGAUUUGUCCAAAUGAUCAGUGAUGAAGAAUCAGCGUACCGGAAGAAAGAGACAGACUUUCAUACAUGAAAUUGUAUCGCAUGUAUAAUGGUGGUAAAAUCAUGAUUCAUUUUUCAGUCUUUGUUUGAGUAAGUAAGUAAGUGUGGGUGUGUGUGUGUGUGUGUGUGUAUGUAAAGCUUACCGUAUGCGUGUAGGCGAGUGAGUGUGCAUAUGUCUGCAUGUGUGUGGGAAUGCAGUAAAAAUGAAUGAACCGCAGCAGCAGCAGCCCCGGAUACACAGACCCGCCUCCAGCCACCCACCCAGCCAUGUGUGACUCCUGCCCCAGAUCAGAGCUCCGAAGCCUGGGGAGGGGAGCCAAGAAAAGAAGGGGUCUUGGCACUGGGCCUAGGCCUCAGUGUUUUGUUCUUGGGGGAGCUGGCUGCACUUAAAAAGGCCAUUGACGUCUUGGCUGCUGUGUGCAAUUUGCUUCCCCUCUCUGUCUGCAGAGUAUGUGGACACACACACACACACAUACACACUCUUGUCUGCGAGUCUGCGGGCGAUCACUGGCAUUUAUUGGACCACAGGGAAAAGGACCGGCUGCCUAAGAGCACACACACAGCGCCCCUCCCCCCCUUCCUACGCCCCCUCACUAGGCUAAUCGCUUCCUCUCCUCUCUGUCUCCAUCUCUCUCUCCAUCUUUCUCUUUUUUAUUCCCUCCUUCCUCUCCCUCCCUCCCUCUCUCCUCCACUCUUCCCACUCACUUCAUCUCUCUCUUUAUCUUUCUGUCCAUCACCAUUUCCUGGAUAUUCCUCUUCCUCUUCAUCCUUCUCUCUUCUCUGCCUCCCAGCUCAGCCCAGGUGUAGUGAUGGUGUAGUGAUGGUGUAGUGAGUGAUGGUGUAGUGAGUGAAGGUGUAGUGAGUGAAGGUGGAGUGAUGGUUUAGUGGGGCCCCCUGAGUGGCGCAGUGGUCUAAGGCACUGUAGUGCUUGAGGCGUCACUACAGAUCCGGGUUCGAUCCCGGGCUGUGUCACAGCCGGCCGCGACUGGGAGACCCAUGAGGCGAUGCGCAAUUGGCCCAGCGUCGUCCGGGUUAAGGGAGGGUUUGGCCGGCCGGGAUGUCCUUGUCCCAUCGUGCUCUAGCGACUCCUGUGACGGGCCGGGCGCAUGCACGCUGACACAGUCGUCAGUUGUACGGUCUUUGCUGGCUUCCGGGUUAAGCGAGAAGUGUGUCAAGAAGCAGUGCGGCUUGGCAGGGUCGUGUUUCGGAGGAUGCAUGGCUCUCGACCUUCGCCUCUCCCGAGUCCGUACGGGAGUUGCAGCGAUGGGACAAGACUGUAACUACCAAUUGGAUAUCAUGAAAAAGUACAACAAAAAAGAUGGUAUGGUAAAGUGAGUGCAGGUGUUGAGAGUUUUACACACUCACAUAAAACUACUUCACUCACAUCCAGUAUAUACAUCUGUAAUGUUUCAGUUUCUACCUGUUCAGCAGAUGCUGGAGUGAAACAACCUCCGGUGUGUGUGUGUGUGUGUGUGUGUGUGUGUGGGGGGGGGGCUGGUGGGAUAGGCAGAAGACAUAUUUCCAUUCUAAUUAAAUUAAUUAAUAAAGGAUCUCUUCUAUUCUAAUCUCUCAGACUCUAGGCAGCUGCAGACAUCUCCGUCGUGGUCCUAUGAGCAGUCCUACCCCUACCUGGGUCACCACACCACACCCGUCCACUCAACCACGCCCAUCUCACCCAGCCGCUCCUCCCUCAGUGACCGCCUCUCAGGUAACACACACACACACUCAUUCACCCACUGUCGACUGACCCGUGGUGUUCUCUGACAGUCAUCAGUCUCUCUCAUUCACUUCCUGCUUCCACUCUAACCUCUAACCCCUGACCUCUCGCCUCUCCCCCUACAGGCCCUGACCUCACAGCCUUCAGCGACCCCCGUAUGUCCCUGGAUCGCCCAUUCUCCUCCCUGGCCUCGCUCCCUGACAGCCGCUACGCUGACCCGCGCAUGCACUACCCUGCUGGGGCCUUCACAUACACCCCUACCCCCGUAUCCAAUGGCGCCAUCGGACUCACCAUGGCAACCACCCCUGCCGGGCGCUACCACACCUACCUCCCCCCGCCCUACCCCACAAACACCCCCCAGGGCCAAGGUGGACCGUUCCAGGCCGGUUCCUCUCCCUAUCACCUGUAUUACAGCACGGCCGCUGGGUCCUACCAAUUCUCCAUGAUGGCGGGGGGAGGCGGGGAGCGGUCUCCUCCGAGGAUAUUCCCUCCCUGCACCAACGCAUCCACAGGCUCCUCCCUCCUGCACCCGUCUCUGCCCAAUCAGAGCGAAGGAGUGGGGGUGGAAGCGGAGGGAAGUCACAGUAGCUCCCCUACCAAUAUGGUACCCGAGGCCGUAUGGCGGCCAUAUUGAGCACGGCAGCGGGGUUAACAGAUGAUUGACGGACUUGCUGGCCAAUUGGAGUGGGGAAGGGGCUUUCACGGAGCGUUCCUAUUGGAUCAUUAGAAUGAUCAAGGAACGAAUUGAGGAAGGAACUGAAACAGGGUGCCGUUUUACACAGAGGAGCAUGCAGCAGCGCGGAACUGAAAAUAAUUCAGCUUUGUUUUAUAAAAGGAUUGUUUGCCAUGGUUAUGAUUGUUGUUGUUAUUAUCAAUUACACAUGCCCAAAAAUACAAUGGCUGAUUUUUGUGUGUGCCACAGGCACUCCCCUCCUAUCCCACCUCCCCUCAUCCCUCCGCCCCCCUCUCCUCCCUUAUCCCCCUCUCCCCUCGUUCAAAACGGAGAGAAUACUGUUCAUGUAAAUUAUGGCCAGCCAGGAUCUGUAUCUGUUCUGUCAUGUUUGUAUUGGAUUACGGCCGUGAUAUUGUCUGCACUGAUCUACAAUCAGCACUGUUAGUUGAUUCACAAUGGUUAAGGGUAGGAAUUUACAGGGAUUGCUGUACCCAGUUCAGUGCUUAUGGACAUUGUACUGUCACACAAAACUGUAACAGGUCGUUUGCUUUAUGAUUCCUUAAUUUAUUCUCUUACAAUACCUUUUUGGUUGCACGUUGACUGUA